ACCCGGAAGCGUGCAUGUCGGCGAUCGUCAACGUUCCAUGGUGGCUUUUAUUUUGAAAUGGACACGUAGCAGAGACUCCGAUUUCAGUGUUUGGUCCUACAGGCAGAUCAGCUCGAAAUCAGUGACACAUCCUCAGUUUAAAGCAGGUCGAUGGCAUCGCGAAACUGCUGACAUCGGGAUUUUGUUUGCUUGGCACUUCAUUGAAUGCGAUAUUUGGAUCAUAUCAAGGUGAAUUAAAGAGUGAAGUAAGAUGUCGGCUCCGGGUUACACCAAUCUGAACCCUAAUGUUCAGACUUACAGCGCGACGCAGAACGGCGGAGGUCCUGGCACUGCACCCGCUUAUCAAAACGGACCAGGUCAGACUCGCCCAGCCAUGUAUCCUGCCUCGAAUUACUAUACUGGCGUUCCUCAGCAUGGUUACCCCACCAUGCCGCCUCAAAAUGCCCCUCCAGGAAAAGCUCCACCGACAAACACCAACUACAGCACCAACUACUACCCCAACAGCCACCCUCAGGCUGGGGCACCCCCAGGCACGGGGUCUGCAUUUUACUCUGCUCCGCCAGGUCAACUCCCUGUCAGUUCCAACCCCACUGCCUCUGUAGCCCCUCAGUACCCACCGCAUUCAUACCAGCAGCAUUACACCAUGUCUGCGAAUUACUAUGGACAGAAUUACAGCACCGUUGCCCAGGGGCAGCAGAAUCCUCCGCCAGCAUCAAGUGGCGCUAACCUUGGGCCCCCACUUUACCCCAUUGUGUCCUACCCAUCAGCCCCUGGGAGCAGCCAGUUUGGAACUCUGCGGUCGACCCAGGCUGCCGCAGGAGCGUCGCCUACCCAGAGUGCUUUGCAACCUCAGCAGCAGUAUUCUCAGGGCAAUGGGGCCACCCCCACACCGCCAGCUCAGCAGGGCUACGGUGCCCCACCCCUUCAACAAACAGCUGCCAUUAAUGGCCAGUCAAAUGCAGGCCAGCAGCACUACAAUCAAACUGCUCCACCUCCUGUGGGCUCUCGUUACGGCACAGAGGGUGCCGACGGACAUCGCCUACCAUCGGGCACCCCGUCCACAUCCACCCCGUCUUCCCCAGGACGCCAGUCAGGGCUGCUGAUUGGUGGAUAUGGGGGCAAUAGAGCUGCUAGUUCCUCCACAGGGUUGCCAGGUGACCACUCCUCAUCCAGUUCGGACCACGAGGACGAGGAUGAGGAGGAUGAGGAAGCAGGUGCAGACAGCUCCUCCACCACCACGGGGAGUGCAUCUCCUGUCCCCAACUGUUAUGAAUCCCUGGAAGGAGGAAAUUUCCCAGGCUCGCCUGCUGUUGCUCCUCCUGUUCCUCCCAGUGAACCUGCCAAACAAGCCCCACCCUUUGGCUACAACUAUCCAACCAUGCAGCCUGGGUACCAACAAAGCCCCGCCCCCCGACCAGAGCCCAUCCCUUCGCAGGGAGCAUAUAAUCAACCUGGAUAUCAGCCAUAUUCACAGCCAUUCCCCAGUCUGAACCAGCUUUCUACAGCAUUGGGUGGACUGAGUGGAGUUCCUGAGCUGGAGGUGGAGGCCCUGCGCCCUGUUAACCUGCUGCAGGAGAGAAACAUGCUCCCCACAACACACCACGUUCCCCCUGAGCCCAAGCUCAGCAGCGACCUGCGCAAGGUCAACUGCAGCCCAGAUACAUUUCGCUGCACUCUGACCAGCAUUCCUCAGACUCAGGCCAUGCUGAAUAAAGCUCGCCUGCCGCUUGGACUUCUACUGCACCCUUUCAGAGAUCUGACGCAGUUACCGGUCAUCACCUCCAACACUAUCGUCCGCUGUCGUUCGUGUCGGACGUACAUCAACCCGUUUGUGUCGUUUCUGGACCAGCGCCGGUGGAAAUGCAACCUCUGCUACCGUGUGAACGAUGUUCCUGAUGAGUUCAUGUAUAACCCAGUCACACGUUCCUACGGCGAACCGCACAAGAGGCCAGAAGUUCAGAACGCCACCGUUGAGUUCAUCGCCUCUUCAGACUACAUGCUGCGACCUCCUCAACCCGCCGUGUAUCUGUUUGUACUGGACGUAUCCCAUAAUGCUGUGGAGACAGGCUACCUGAGCGUGCUGUGUCAGUCACUACUGGACAAUCUGGAGAAGCUGCCCGGUGAUUCUCGCACACGCAUUGGAUUCUUGACGUUUGACAGCACAAUUCACUUUUACAACCUGCAGGAAGGGCUCUCGCAGCCUCAGAUGCUGGUUGUGUCUGAUAUCGAUGAUGUGUUCACACCAACUCCUGACAAUCUGCUGGUGAAUCUGAAAGAGAGCCAGGAGCUGGUGAAGGACUUGUUAAACGCGCUGCCCAAGAUGUUCAUACACACACGGGAGACUCACAGUGCCCUGGGGCCGGCGCUGCAAGCGGCAUAUAAACUGAUGACACCCACUGGAGGCCGCGUGUCUGUGUUCCAGACGCAGUUACCCACCAUCGGAGUGGGACUGCUGCAGUCACGGGAGGACCCCAACCAGAGGUCCAGCACCAAGGGCGUGCAGCACCUAGGUCCUGCUACAGAUUUUUACAAGAAGCUGGCUCUGGACUGUUCGGGUCAGCAGAUCGGGGUCGACCUGUUCCUUCUGAGCUCUCAAUAUGCAGAUCUGGCUUCAUUAGCCUGCAUGUCGAAGUUUUCAGCCGGCAGCAUUUUCUACUACCCAGCGUUCCACCAUGUCCACACCCUGGCUCUGAAGGCGAAGCUGCAGAAGGACCUGCAGCGCUACCUCACCCGGAAGAUUGGCUUCGAGGCUGUAAUGAGGAUCAGGUGCACCAAAGGAAUGUCCAUCCACACGUUCCACGGCAACUUCUUUGUGCGCUCCACUGAUCUGCUGUCUCUGGCUAACGUGAACCCAGACUCAGGCUUCGCCGUCCAGGUGUCUAUAGAUGAGAACUUAAACGAUACAUCACUAGCGUGCUUCCAGGCUGCUCUUCUCUACACAUCCAGUAAAGGCAAACGGCGAAUCAGAGUUCACACCCUAUGUCUGCCUGUGGUGAACCAGCUAAGCGACGUGUUUGCAGGCGCCGAUGUUCAAGCCAUCACCUGCCUGCUCGCCAACAUGGCUAUAGACCGCUCUCUCUCCUGCAGCGUUUUGGAUGCCCGGGACGCCCUGGUGAACGCAGUUGUUGACUCAUUAGAGUCGUAUCGCUCCAAUAUCUCCAACGUGCAGCAGACUGGUGUCAUUGCCCCCUCUUGCCUGCGCCUCUUCCCUCUAUACACACUUGCUCUGCUCAAACAGAAAGCGCUGCGGACGGGGACGAGCACACGGCUGGACGAGCGGGUGUUCGCAAUGUGCGAGUUUAAGAGUCAGCCGCUAAAGCAGAUCAUGCACAUGAUCCAUCCUGACCUGUACCGCAUCGAUAACCUCACCGAACAGGGGGCGCUGCAACUGAAUGAACGGGUGAUUCCUCAACCUCCACUGCUGCAGCUCUCAGCUGAGAAGCUCACCAGAGAGGGAGCCUUCCUCCUGGACUGUGGCAGCGUGAUGUACCUGUGGUUGGGGAGGAACUGUAACGAGGUGUUCAUACGAGACGUCCUGGGCUGCCCUGACUACACAUCCAUACCAGCCAGCAUGACCGAAAUCCCCGAGUUAGAGACGGCGGCUUCUGAGAGAACCCGAGCCUUUGUGUCCUGGCUUCAGGAAUCCAGAGGAUUUUGCGCCGCCUUCUACGUUCUCAAAGACGACCCUUCAGUAAAGAGCAGUUUCUUCCAGCACCUGGUCGAGGACCGUUCCGAAUCCGCAUUCUCCUACUACGAGUUCCUGCUCCACGUCCAGCAACAGCUGUCCAAAUAGAACGGAACCCGGUCUUGACAACACCGUGGACCCAGUCCGGCAGGACGUCGCACCACCGUCCCGCCAUGACACAAACCCCUCCCACCUCCCACUGGCCAGUCACAGCCUGUGGUGCCUCAAAGGGGGCGGGGCUAAAGACCAUUGCGGGAACACAAACAAAGCAGCAAAACGAACACGUGACCUAGCGCAAACUGUGCUAAUGAGAAAAAGACGCUCUACCCUUUACACACACUUACACGCACUCUCUGAACUGAGUCUUCUUUCCUCCCUUGAAAUGUUUAGCCGCAUUUAUAUCACAUGUGCUGAGUCUAUGUCUUCUUUUUUUUUUUUUUUUUUUUAAAUAACUUCCCCUCAUCCCUCCAUCAUGUGCGCUCAGAGAACCCUGUGAUUUAAGUUCUGUAGCUGUUAAUAACUCCGCCGUUUUUCCUUUUCUCAUCGCUUAACACUGCCUUUCCUCACAGCGUAACAUACUCUGAUAACACUGAUAAUCUGAUGUUAUCAUUCCCUUCACUGAUAUAUAUAGUUUCUCCAUCUUUCUCUCACUCUGUUCUUCCUUUGAUUCGUGUCCCCUAAUUCAUUUUUUAAUCACGAGUGUGGGUGUAGUUUUUAAGGCCGAGCACUAGUCAAUCUUUAUCCCAUCUCUAGCAGCAAGAGGUGGAGCGAUGGCAUAGCCCAAACACACACACACACACACACACACAGCGUAAGACACACCUCUGAGAUGCCUGGAUCUGUGCUGUUUCUGAAGCUGAGAUCAUCCUUCUCUCUGUUUUCUUGGGGAAUCAUGCGGUAAAGCCUCGCUCUCCACUUUAUAACUCUGGAGAAAAGAAUAUUUUAUGUGCGAUAAUUUAUGAUGAGCUUAUUGAAUAAAAUGAAAGCCUAUUCCUC